AUGUCCCAGGUACCGCUGUCAACCGGCGCCACUUACGGCAAAGCACUUUCUGACCAUUUUGCGAAGUCCUCAGAAAGUGUUCUGGGCCCGUACAUGGUACAUGACGUGGCAUGGCCAAGCUCCACCAGCAUAUCUAUUCGCCUUAUUCUGUCAGCACAUCAUCAUUUGAACGGGAAUGGCUUGCUUGCUUGGUACUACAAGGACCAAGCGGCUGCCCUUGUGCAUCAGAUGCGUCUCUGGGACGAGGAUUCCUACAGAGGACUGGAUCCGGUCGAGGCAAAGCUUCGGCGUAUUAUUUUCUGGCACUGCUUUAUCUCGGAUAAGUCGGCUGGGCUAUUGAACAACCACCCUCAGCAACUCAACGAAUUCGUCCUGCAGCAACCAAUAACUACAUCUCGGCUGAUAGACUUGAGCCCUCCCCUGCUUGACGCUGAUCGGAACACAAACCGGGGUCUGUCCGAGGAAUUUAUCUUAGAAUGCUUCAAGAAAGAUCUUGAGGUAUGGGAUCGCGGAUCUUCCACACUGGCUGAACUAGGACUAUUCGUGGCCGCCAACAAUCGUAUUGGUGCUACGAUGAGCGAUGCACAACGCCGGAGUCUGUGUGAAUCGUACAUGCGUUUUGCAAGUGUUAAGGAUGACAUGCCCCAAUGCAUAAACUACUCGCAGCCCGCCACUGGCCUCCAAAACCUAGUCAGCAACAACUAUCAAGAAAAUGGUCUCUGGAUGCAAAAAGCCAAUAUUUUCAUCACAUACCGCUACCUGAAUAUGACGAUUCUCUGUCGAUUUGCGUCCUUGGGCUACGCAAGCCUUCUCGGGCUCGGUGACGAUUCGACAUCUCUUGCCUGGAGGAAAAUUGAGAUCGCUCACGAAGUCUUGCAAGAGGUCAAUAGUGUCCCACUUGAGUCUGUAAAGCGCAAUGGAGAGCCUGUUGUAGGAAUCCUGACUACCUAA